AUGACGAUGAAGCAGUCCCUCGCUCUCCUCGCCGUCGUCGGCACCGCCAUGGGCCUGAACGAGGUCGAGAAGAAGAUCAACGUCUGCUUUCCGGCCGACCAGCUCGCCAAGAGUGACACCAAGUAUCCCUGUCCGCUCCUCGUCCGCACCAUGACAACGUGCAAGACCAACGGCACGUCGCCGGCCCACCUCAAGGCGCACCAGGACUGCAUCUGCAAAGGCAGCUACAUCGACGACGAGUUCGGUUGCCUCGAGUGCAAGUGGACGCAUGGCUUGCUCGGCAACGCGGACCGCAAGCACUGGCGUGCCAUCCACUCGGCCGCCUCCUCGUCCCUCUGCAACGCGCCGACGCCGGUGGCCGACUGGGCCGCCAUCUGGCAAUCCGUCGCCAUGGCGACCCCCUACGUCAAGGCCGACGUCGACAACGAGCUCGUGGACAAGGAGCCCUUCGACUCCAGCGUCGAGCGCUACUACGUGGCCCUCGAUCAUCCCCAGGGUCCGGGCCCCUUCACACCCGUGCCGGCCGACGCCAAGCCGACGCCGACUUCCGGCUUCCGCACGAGCACCAAGUCGAGCGUCGCUGCCCUCGAGACGGAGGACGACUACUGCGACGACGAGGAGGAGGAGGAGGAGGAGGCCGAUGAGCCGAUGACGCCCAUCGACUUUGGCCGAGUCGGCCCCCCCGGCAUCGUGCCCAGCCUCGACGACGGUUUGGUCCGCGUCAAGGGCAAGUACGAACCGGAAAGCCACGGCGCCUACGGCAACACUACCAUCGUCAAGGUCACCAUCGUGCAAACCUACAUCGCGAGGUGUUGCCCCGUCGUCCAGCCGGAUGGACUGGUCAAGAUGUCCUGCACCAAGGACCUCGUCGUGCCCGGUACCCAAGACAAGUCUGUGAGCAAGGAGGUCCUCGAGAAGUUGCCUUCGUUCAAGAGCAACAUCCCCGCUCCGGCCGAUCUCCACGCCAUCCCGGCGGCGCCCGUGCCCGCCGACAAUGGCGCCAACCCGGGCUCCCACCCUGACUCCCCCGCCGGCUCACGCCCCAACGCCCCCUCCGGUUUCCGCCCCGGCUCCCACCCCGGCUCCCCGAUCGACGCCGAAAAGAUCUCCAACGUUCCCGCCGGUAGCCACGGCGCUCCUCCCGCUGACGAUGAGGAGGAGUCUGAGCCCGAGUCCAAUUCCUACUCUAAGCCUGAGCCCGAGCCCGAGUCCGAGUCCGAGUCCAAGCCUGUGCCCGAGUCCAAGCCUGUGCCCCAGUCUCACUCCAACUCGAAGCCUCAGCCCAAUCUCGAGUCCGAGCCCGAGUCCGACGACAGCACCCCUGGCGGUAGCCACAAUGGCGGCUCCAAGAACCAGCCGCCUGCCGGUCCUGCUUCCUCGUUCAAGCCGAGCCCUCCUGCCCCUCGCCCUGCCACCAGCGCCGGUGUCGGCAACUCUACCGGCGACGUUCCCGUCGUCGUCAGCGGAGCGGCCGCCCUUUCCUUCUCGGCCGCCGCCGCCGUUGCGGUUGCCGCUCUGGCGGCUGCCAUGUAG